UGAAGAUUUAAAUUUUUAUGAGUGUUACCCACUUUUCCAAAAUUCCCGAUGUGCCCGAACGAAACUCUUCUCACUCCCGUGCGGUCACCAAGAUCGAACAGUCGGUUUCGGAAUUUCCAGUUUAAAUGAUCGUGUGCAAGGUGUAUUGUCGGGAGUUUUUUCGGAAAUUUCAAAAUUUAUUUUGGACUUUCCUCGACACUGGGAUUUUGAUAUGCCAAAAAUAAAAAUAUGAAUACGAGGUUGUGAUAAUAAAUUAGUUUUUUUAUAAUAUUUUGAAACGAUUAUAGAUAAUAUUUAAGUGUUUUCUGUGAUAUUAGUGGUGAAAUUUAGGGUAGAAGUCGCAAUGGAUAUGAAGAAAUAUAGAAUGAGUCAGGCACAGAGUGCAGAACCAGGUUACAUAAACCAGCCUUACAGGAACGCGGAAUUACCAGAAGGAGCUACGGUGCCUUCGCCUGUUACGCCCACCCAAAACACAGCAACGCCCGCGCAAAUUAAAAAGAACGCUUAUGUUAGAAUAAUAGAACAACCUGCCCCGAAAGCUUUAAGAUUUCGUUAUGAGUGCGAAGGUAGAUCAGCUGGCUCAAUCCCUGGCAUAAACAGUACGCCAGAAUACAGGACGUUUCCUUCGAUCCAGGUUGUGGGCUAUAAAGGACGAGCGCUGGUUGUAGUUUCGUGCGUUUCUAAAGACAAACCGUACAGACCUCAUCCCCACAAUUUAGUCGGAAAAGAUUGGUGUACAAAAGGUGUGUGCACAGCAAAAAUUGAAGAAGCUAACGACAUGACAAUCACUUUCAACAACUUAGGUGUGCAAUGCGUCAAAAAGAAAGACAUCAAACAAUCUCUCAAACUACGAGAAGACAUCAACGUAGAUCCGUUUAGAACUGGGUUUUCUCACGCUUCCGAACCUAGCAGUAUAGAUUUGAACGCCGUGCGUUUAUGUUUCCAAGUCAUCCUCGAGGGCGAUGCCCAUGGUAAAUUUACGAUCCCUUUACGUCCAGUUGUCUCUGAGCCUAUUUAUGACAAGAAAUCAACAUCAGAUUUAGUUAUAUGUGAACUCAGCCAAUGCACGGCGUCCGCGGCGGGAGGCCAGAAAAUAAUUCUAUUAUGCGAAAAGGUGAACAAAGAUGAUAUUACCGUGAGAUUUUUUGAAGAGCAGGAUGGUUUAGUUUGCUGGGAAGACUAUGGCUAUUUUAAAUUAGCAGUGCACAAACAAACUGCCAUUUCUUUCAGAACGCCAUCUUACAAAAAUCAAGAUAUUGAAAAAACCAGUAAAG